AUGUCAAGUUGGGGUUUUUUUAAUGAAUAUUUAAAUUGGUUUAAUAAUUCUAGUGAUGAUAAAAAUGAAAAAAUAAAAAAAAAUGAUUCAAUUCAAAAAGAUGGAAAUAGAAUAAAAUGUGUUAAAAAGUAUAAUCCAGAAGAAAAAAAAAAUAAAGAUGAUAAACAAAACAAUAGUACUAAAAAUGAAAUAAGCAAAGGUACUGAGAGUAGUAAAUAUGAAGAUAAAAAAAAUAAAGAUAACAACUUUUUUAAUAACUUAAAUAUAUCAAAUUGGAUACCAAAUUAUGAUACACAUAUUUAUAACGAUUACAAAAAGGGAUAUUAUUUAGAUAAGGAAGCAAAAGAAGUACUGUCAAAAAAAACUUCAAAAAAAAGUAAUAUGAUAAAAAUAGGAGCUGAUAAUACUCACACGAAUGAAUUUUCAUCUUCUGACACUUCUAAUAUAUGUGUUGAUACAACCUAUUAUGAUAUACUAAAUAUAAGUCCAAAUGCAAAACUAAGUGAAAUUAAAAAUAGUUAUUAUAAAUUAGCUUUAAAAUAUCAUCCUGAUAAAAAUUCAAAUGAUCCUGAAGCAAAACUGAAAUUUCAAAAAAUAAAUGAAGCAUAUCAAGUUCUAGGUGAUGAAGAAAGAAGAAUGAAAUAUAAUAAAUAUGGUUUGAAUGCAACAAAAGAUAUGAUUUUAAUAGAUCCUUCUAUUUUUUUUAUGAUGUUAUUUAGCUCAGAAGAAUUAUCUGAUUACAUAGGAACAUUAAGAAUAGCUUUUUUUGUUCAGUUAGCAUUUGAAGGAAAUAUGUCUAUUGAAGAUGUACGAUCAUCAAAUGAAGUAAUGAUGAGUGAAAUGGAAGUAGAACAAAAAAAAAGAGAAGUAGAACUAGCCCUUUUAUUAAGAACAAGAUUACAACCUUAUGUAGAUGGUGAUAAUAUGUGGAAUGAAAAAAUGGAAAAAGAAAUUAAAGGAUUACUAGAUUCAUCUUUUUCUAGUUCUAUUUUAGAAUCUAUAGGAUGGACAUAUGAAAAUGUUUCUACAUCUUAUAUAGCAGAAGUAACAACCUUAUGGGGAGUAGGUGCAACAGUAGCAAAUAUUCAAGCAGCUAGUAGAACAAUAGGAAAUACCUUUUGUGCUGCAAAAUCUAUGAUUAACACUGUUGUUACUAUAAAAGACUUUUCACUAAAUAGUGAAAAAAUGAAUUCGAUUAAAGAAAAAAAAGAAAAUCACAAAAACUUUAAUAAUAGUAGUAAUAAUAAUGAUCAUAAUAACAGUGAAGGUAAUAACAUUGAUAAUAGUAAUAAUAAUAUCAGUAAUGAUAAUAUUCCCUUAAUAGACAAAGAAGAAAAUAAAGCAUUAGGAAUUAUUAUAAAAAAUGUAUUGACGUUAGUUUUGUGGGAUAUAGAAUCAACUGUUAGACAGGCUGCUGAUAAAGUUAUACGAGAUGAAGGAGUGGAUUUAGAAACUAGAUUAAAAAGAGCUGAAGGUAUGAAAAUUUUGGGAAAAUUAAUGCAAAAAUGGUCAAAAAUUAAAAAAAAUAUAAAUGAGGUUAAUGAUAUUGAUGCUACUAAACUUUUAGAAACAGCCAUUAUUAAAGCAUCAAAGAUGGCUAACGAAGAGGGUGAUGACACAGGAAAAAAAGAAAAUGAAAAAAAAAAUACUUAUAAAUAUGAAUAUACAGAUGAGGAAAAAAAUAAUGAAAGAUAA